AUGGGCUGCCCAUGGGAAUCACUUACUCCUUCAGAUAUUAGGGGCUGUCGUCUCCGUUUUCUGAAAUCAAGUGCCGAUUUGCUCUAUGUCAGAGGAGUCAUACUUGGGUACAAAAGGUUAAAGUCGAACCAGUAUCCAAACACGUCCCUGAUCCAAGUGGAAGGAGUUAACACGACAGAGGAAGCGGAAUGGUACAAAGGGAAACGUAUGGCUUACAUCUACAAAGCUAAGACCAAGAAGAACGGUAGUCACUACCGCUGCAUUUGGGGCAAAGUCACAAGGCCUCACACCAAAUUCACAUCCAACUUGCCUCCUAAAUCUAUGGGAGCUCGAGUUCGAGUGUAUAUGUAUCCGAGUAACAUCUAAAGCUGGCCUUUUGUCCUCAAGUAUCUUCUCAAAUGUUUUGGAGAAACAAUAUGGUUUAAGUCGAGCCUUGGAUCUUUAUUCAAAACGUUAGCUAGAGGAUCCCUUGUGUUUACCAAGUACAGCACAUCACAGUGUAAAUUAGUUGACCAUGUCUUAGGAAUCUACACGUGGCUUAGGAAUGUACACGUGUCUUUGAUCAUUACAACCAUAUAUCUUCACCUCUUUCGCUCUGAACAUUGAAGAUAUCGAAUAGUA